AUGAUGGGACAGUCAGCAAUGUUUUUCAUGCUCAUUCUUGACUUCCUCUUCGCGAUUAUCAUUCCACUCAGGCAUCGCAUGUUCACCAAUCUGCAUUACGUCUUCUACAUGUGCAUACCUCCGUUCCUAUUCGCUUUUGUUACUGUGAUCUUUUGUUUCUUCUUUAUGAACGACGACCUCAUCGAUUUCUGCACACCGGCUCAAACAUUUCCACGUAAAAUAGCGUUUAUCUCCUACGUGGUCAACGGUACGAACAUUGCCACCCUUAUGCUACUCCUCUCGGUUUUUGUUGCAGUCAGGAAAAGUCAAGCAGGUGCAAUCUGUCUUCUAUAA